UUUUUUUAUCGGUUUUAUUUUACUUAAGUGGUAACAUUUAAUAUAUAGCAACCUCUAAUGGAUGUGUAAAGUUGUUUUUAAUAAAUAAGAAGUGUUUUUGCCAUUCUGUUGUCAAGCCUGUGAAGUGAAAACUUAUUGGAUUGUGAAACUUUUGUGUACAAAGAGAUUUAAUAUAUUUACAUAACGUUAAAAGGACACUAUGUCUUUGAAUACCGGACGGCUGACUAUCAUUGGAAAUGAUGGUACUGAGAGAAUUCUAAAAACUAGCGGGAAAGUUUUUCGUAUUGGUUCAUAUUUGUCGUGCGAUUUUGUCUUGGACAAUCCGGACGCCAAAAGAGUUCACUGCGAAAUUCAGAGCGAUUCAUUCGGAAGGAUUACGAUUACGAAUCACAGCAAAAGGAACCCUGUUUUGGUGGACGAGGUCCCCUUGAAAGGUACGCGUCCUCUGUACACGGGAAGUGUUGUAACGAUUUUCGAAAAGAAACUUCGUUGGAUUAACAAGAAUAGGGUCCCGCGCACCGAAAAUAAUGUCGAUCAGACCAAAACGCCAAAGAAAUUAAUCAGGCGAGCGGAGCAAGCACCAAACUCCGAGCCGUCGGCUCUAAUGCGGAAGAAAGCGGCGUCGCAUAGGAUAACCAUGCACAACUUCGGACGUAAUAUGGAGCUAACCGAUGACGAUGUCCACGACGAUUAUCCGGGGGAGAACGAUGACGAUCGUCGUCAAGAUCGUUUAACUCGUGCAUCAAUAAUUUCAGCAGCGAAGACAUUCGGCGCAACUCCUCCGCGUUCUGUUAAUCGCAACUCGAGAAUGUUUAAACGCAGAACUGUUGGCACGCCCUUUAAAAAUAAGCUAGAAUUCAAAGAAAAUUCGAUACAAAAGACUGUGGAAAGCAAAAAUACAUCGCUUUUGAAAUGUCAAUCAUCGGGUAUGGUUCUGACAUCCUAUUCGCCAACUAUAACUCCAAAGAAUACCCCAAAAUCGUUCGCAUGUGUUAUGUCGAAUAGAAACACACCCAAAAGUGCAUAUGGGACACCUCGCAGUAUAUUAUCCGAGGUGAAUACUAGCGGCACUAUUGAAAGUUUGAACUCUACUCCGAAAACUCCACUUUCCAAUUUAUGCUCUAUGCAUUUGAUUGAUUUUACGACGCCGGAUGUUUAUAAGACUCCCUUGCAAAAGAGAACACCAUUGUUCAAGUCUGCGUUGAAGAAUUCAGCCGCAAGAUCAGCAACUAAAGCAACUUUUAAGGUUGAUUUGAAGACUCCUGCUUACCCUGCAUUGAAGUCAUCAGUAACAAAGGACAAACUUAAUAACACAACAAAUUCUCUAUCUCGGUCUAUGGGAAAAGGUUCAGCGAAUCGUUUUUCAGUUUCAAUGACUGAAACACCCAAAACACUAACACGGCAACGUACAUCAACCGUGGGAAGUGUAAAAGCUGUACAUAGUUUACCAAGAAUAACGUCCACAAUUAAGAGAAAAUCCUUGAACGUGACAACCCCGCUGAAAACUCCGAAAGCAAUUUUUGGCGACGGUGCAAGAAACACUCCUGGAAACAGUCGACAUUCUUGCAUUAAAGUUCCAAAGUCGUCACAAAAAAAGGUCCUCACGUCAGAGAAAAGCAAACCAGAAAGUAAAAAUAUUCGCACGCUGAAUCGUUCGACAACAUUCAUUUUAGACAGUCCAAUUGUGCUCAAAAAAGAGAACAAUAAUAAAAAGGCGAAUCCUGACAUUCCAAAGACGGCUAAUGGAAACGAAGAAAGUCCUUUCAAGAGCUUUACAAUUGAUGAUGAUUCUAAUCCAUUGACACCUCCGGAUAAGAAGACGAACCGUAAAUCGAAGCCAUUCGCCGAACCAAUCAUAGAAAUAAAUGAAAGCUCGGAUUUGCAAAUGAAAGAAGACUUGAGUGAAUACAUAGAGAAUGUGGAGGAAGAAGCCAAUUUGUCUCUGGAAAGAAAAGACGAUACCUUCAAUAAAAGUUCACUAGCUCUCAAUCUUACAUUUGACAACGAACCGGAAAUCGACAACCAAAAUGAAAGAACCGAUGAAUCCAUUAAUGCUAAUCCACCGCGAAAGUCGCUGAGACGACGCUCGUCGAAUAAUUUCGCAGACACUACUGGCAAUGGCAUAUUAAGCACAAGUGCAAAAUCCCCUUUACCUCGCAAAUCAAUUUCCCAAUUGAAUACUGAGAAAUUUGAUUCAAGCAACCUUUCAACGUCUGCUACUUUGACUGAAGGAUUUGGAACUUUCAGAGUCAGUGAUAAUCCCACAGAAAUAAAAGAUGAGGUUUCAUUUACUGGAAAACGUAAACCGACAAGACUUUCUAAAUGCAAAGCUCAAUCAGAAACAAUCGAUGAAGAAGCACGCAUUGAAGAAAAAAUAGAGGAAAUAAACUUAGAAACGUCUAAAAGACGUAAGUCCAGCAGAGUUUCAAAAUCUGUAUCGGAAUCGUUCGUGAAUUGUCAUGAAGUAGACGACACCAUCGAUUCUGUAGAGGCAGAGCAAAUUGUCUCUCAACCAAAUGAUGAGUUGGGUGUGAGCAUCCUAUCUACGUCGGCUGAAUCAUUUGAGACCUUCGAUGUCGCUGAUGAUCCAAUAGAAAUAGACGAAAUUCCAAGUAGUGGAAAGCGUAAUUCGACAAGACUUUCAAAUUCUAAAGUUAUAUCAGAUACAAUUGACGAAAAUGUGAGCAUUGAAGAAAUAAUAGAAGAAAUAGAUUCAGAACAGUCUCCUUUCGACUCCAACACAGAAAGACGUAAAUCGGGCAGAGCUUCAAAAUCUAUUUCCAAAUCAUUCGAACAUUUUCACGAAGUAGACGAAGAGAAUAUCUUAGAGCAAAUGGGCUCUCAACAAAAUGCUGACUUAGAUUUGAGCAUUCUAUCAAUGACUGCCACGUCUGUUGAAUCAUUCAAUGUUGAUGGUCCCAUAGGAAUAACAGAUGAAAUUUCAAUUGAUAAAAAACGUAAAUCGACAGGAUUUUCUAAGUUAGUGACAUCAGAGGCUAACGGGGGUGGAAGAAAUAUUGAUAUUUUGGAGCAAAAAUGCUUAAAAACGUUAACCCCCGAUCUAGGUAAACAAAGCCGCAAGUCGAACAGAAUUUCGAAAUCUGCGACAAAAUUAGCUGAAUAUGUCCAAGAAGCAAAGGACGAUGUAGAAAUUGUAGAGGAAAUUUCGGAACAGAUUGUAAUAGAGGAAAAUAAUAAGAUAUUUGAUUCAAACAAUCUUAGGUUGUCUGCUUCGUUUACUGAAUCAUUUGGAAUCUUCAAUACCACUGAUGUUCCCACGGAAAUUAAAGACGAUCAUACAAAUAAUGAAAAACGUAAAUCAGUGAGACUUACGAUGUCUAAAAUCACAUCAGAAUCAAUUGAUGGCCCGAAUAGUUCCACGACAAGUCCUUCAGAAGUUGUCGACCAAACCAACUUGGAAGCGUUCACUCCCGAUUCAAACAGGGGAGGGACACGUAAAUCUAGCAGACUUUCAAAGAUGGCAGCCAAUUUAUCUGAACACUUCCACGAAGGAAAUGACGACGAAGUAUUGUGUCAAGCUGUGUCGCCUAGUUUGCAUACUUCUACCACUAAUUCGAGAAGCCAAACACGUAGAUCAACGAGACUUGUUAAUGCCGAUGAGUCCCGAGAUACAAAACAGACAAUGAAGUCGCCCAGGAACGAUUUGUCUAAUGUUAGUGGAGUAAAGCAUUUAUGUCACCUUGAGUCCUCAAGUAAGAGUCCAAUUUUAUGUGGCAUCAAAGAAUUAGUGAAAACCCCGAAACCUGUGAAAGAUAUUAAUUUGAUUGGUGUUAGGGAAUUAGUGAAUUCUCCGAAAAGCCGAAACGAAUUGGAUAACGUUGUGGGUGUUAAGGAGCUUUUCAAUACGCCGAUACGCAACGAAUUGUCUGAUUUCGUGGGAAUAAAAGAACUAAUCCAUACGCCCAAACCAAAUAGAGGACUCGAUGACCCCAAAGGAAUGAAGGAACUGUUCAACACACCAAGCCGUGACGAACUGGCGAACUUUGUCGGAGUGAAAGAACUUUUGCACACGCCUAAAGCGGAUGACGAGAUCGAACACCCAAAAGGUUUGAAGGAGCUUUUUAACACACCGAAUCGUGAUGAGUUAUCUGACUUUAUCGGAGUGAAGGAGCUUUUGCAUACACCAAAUCCGACAAAUGGGCUCAACGAUCCCAACGGUAUGAAAGAACUUUUCAACACUCCAGCGCGUGAUGAUUUAACAGAUGUGUUCGGUGUUAAGGAGUUGGUUAACACGCCUAAACCAGAUCUCGGACUGACUGACCCCAAGGGAAUGAAAGAGCUUUUCAAUACUCCAGCUCAAAAUGAUUUAUCGAAUGUAAAAGGUGUAAAGGAACUGUUAAAGACUCCUUACCUGAGUUCUCCGCAAUUGGGAGGAGUACGGGAAUUGUUGAAAACACCAUACGCCCCAGUUGAGGACAACACUGAUGGGUUGAGCGAAAUUUUCAAAACUCCAGCAGCACGAGCAGUUAUGGUUUUGAGUACUCCGAAAAGUGUAGCUGUUGAAAGGAGUGCAAAUUUAUCUGGACACUUGUUGAGGACGCCUAAGGAAGUCGACGUGCUUGAAGAUAUAGAAGAUGUAGAAGAUAUUUACCAAACGCCGAUUUCGAGUCUAGUGUGUUCGCGGACAGAAACCAUUGAAAGUAAACCCUUAUCGCCGGAGGAGUCGUUCGACCGGUUAGCAGGGAAACCUAUUGUACGACGUACCUAUGGACGCACUUCUACAACGCCUAGAAUCCUCCCGAUACCAAUUGGAAAGGAAAAUUCAGUAAACAACGCUAAGACAGAUAUUGAAGAAUGGAUUAACAAUGUGCAGAAUGUCGAAGGAAUAUGUGAGGAUUCUGAGAACGUUAGUGAUUCACCAGCGAUCAAGAUGAGCAACAGACCUCUCGCGGCUAGCAGCUCAAUCAAACCGGCCACACGUAGGUCCCAGCGAGUGGCAAAAGAUUUUCCAAAGGACGUUGAUUUGAAUGAGAUGAGUGGGAUAGAACAUUUGGAUAACACGAUGUUAUCAACUUGUGAAAUUUCACGGGUUUCUUUGGAGUCAGAUGUGGGAAACAGCAUCAGCAGGAUCAAUACCGAAACAGAGAAUGUGGCAAGUAAUAAAAACUCGGUUUCUCGACAACAGAACACAAAUCUAAAUACACCCCAAAAGUCAGUUCAUUUUGUGGAGCACUCAUCGAAACCCCUUAUGAAAGUGACUCCACAAAUUCGACGACUUCGCAACCGAGUUUCCACACCGUAUGCGAAAAAGCAGGCCCCAAAUGCAUCCACUAAAGACCCCUUCGGUGAUUUGUCGAUACAGUUCAUUGAUGAAUCUACAGUCAAUGCAUCUGAUGUUGAAAACAGUGCGAAAAGUACUUCCCGAUAUAAAAUAAGGAAAAGUGGAAGAGGCACCGAUUUUUCUCUAGAGCUAAUCGAAUCGAAUGACGAAAGUAGUAUAAAACGUGACGGUACCACCGAUGACACCAUCUUUGAUGAUAUCGAAACAAUCUCCGUUAGCAACAGCGCAGAAAAAUCAAAGCUGGAGAAGCGCAAAACUAGAAAGACGAUUACUGAAAAUGAAUGUGUAAUUUUCAUAAGUGAUGAUGAAGGCAGUUGCGAGUUUGAAGUAGUUGAUAACGAAUCAAAUAAUAGUUUGAGCAAGAUUGAAAAAUCACGGAAGUCAGAGGGGCAGAAAACGGUUGAAUUCAUAGCUUUGAAUGAAUUAAGCGCAAUUUCGACUCGAACGUUGCAAACACCGAACACGGAUGCAUUUAAAAGUCAGCUAAAUAUUUCGAACAUCGUCGAACGGUCGAAUGAAGAACUGACAAGGUCGCUACAUUCUUUAAUUCAUUCUUCCUCAAUGCAGGAGGAGGAGGAAGAAAAAUUACUCGAAUUAUAUGAAUUGGAAGCAUCUGGUGAAAAGAAUGCUGAAGAUACACGAGAGAGUAUUGAAGCAGUUUAUGUUGAUGUAGAUAGUCGUCUAGAGGGGACUCGUACGAAUGGAACAUUUAGUGAAUCGUUUAUCUCUACAGAUAACAACACUCAAAGUCAAACUGAGGAAACGAUUGAUAUACAAUCUAGGAGAAGAUCGUCCAGGAGAAUAACAAAUCAAACUUCGGAAAUUCUGUCAGCUUCAAAUUCCAAACAGGAAACCAUAGACGAAAGCAGAUACGAGCAGAACAAUCCCAAUGAAAGUGUACAAUCGGUUGUUACAGAUGGAGGUGAAACUGAAGCAACGGAGACUGCUGAUGAUGCUGCAAAUGAGUCGGACGUUUUUAGUAAUUUUAUUACCAAACCAGCAACUAAGAUUCGUCUUUCGAGUAAACCUCAAACGCCUCAAGUAGAAAAAGUGAAGAGAACACAAAAAUCACGGAAGACUUUGGGCGCUACAACAGAUGCAUCGCCCAUUGAUUUGGAACGUGAAAAAAUGAAUCUAGAAUUUUCUAAUUUCGAUAUGAAUCGUAAGGAAAAUAUGGGGCACGGCUCACAAACGCCCCAAGUCGAGAAAGUGAAACAGAGAACACAAAACUUACGAAAGACUUUGGGCGCUUCGUCAGACGCACCACCUAUUGAUUUGGAACGUGAGAAAAUCAAUUUGGAAUUUUCUAAUUUCGAAAUAAAUCCCGAAGGAAGAACGACGCGCGGUUCCCAAACGCCUCAAGUGGAAAAAACAAAGCGAAGGGAGCAAAAAUCACGGAAGACUUUGGGCGCUUCGACAGACGCACCUCCUAUUGAUUUGGAACGUGAGAAAAUCAAUUUGGAAUUUUCGAAUUUCGAAAUGAAUCCUGAGGGAAGAACAACGCAGGGACCACAAACACCUCAGGUUGAGAAAGUGAAGCAGAGAACAGAAAAAUCAAGAAAGACUUUGGGCGCUUCGGCAGACGCAUCACCUAUUGAUUUAGAACGUGAAAAAAUGAACCUGGAGUUUUCUAAUUUCGAAAUGAAUCCUGAAGGCAGAACAACGCAUGGUUCGCAAACGCCUCAAGUGGAGAAAGUGAAACGAAGAGAGCAAAGAUCACGGAAGACCUUGGGCGCUACAACAGAAACAUCGCCCAUUGAUUUGGAACGUGAGAAAAUGAAUCUUGAAUUUUCCAAUUUCGAGAUGAAUCCUAAGGGAAGAACAGCACGCGGUCUAUCUGAGCUUUUUUCAAACCCAGCUAGACUGACUGUCAGUCGUCGUACGACCGGCAAGUUGCCGCUCAAUCCAGGCUUCGAUCUUCAGGCUGAAAAAGAUCGUCGGAAUUUGAGUAUUGAGUUUGAAAAUUUCGAGCCAAAUGAAUUGAAAUAUAAUUCACGUGGACGCUCAUUAGCACCUGGAAAAAUAGAGGAGACAGAAGCAGCAACACCUUCAGGACACCGUCGGACUAUGGGAAGCAAACCGAUAACCGAAACAUUUGAUAUAACAAAGGAAGUGGAACGCUAUAAUAUGGAUCUUGAAUUCGAGAACUUCGACCCGAACGAUCGAAUAGAAGAUAGAGGACAAUCUCAAAGUUUUCUACAGGAAACAGAACCAAAAACUUCACACAAAAAACGUCUUACAGUCGGUCAGUCGCCAUUAACUGAUAUCUUCGAUGUGGAAGCGGAAGUUCGUCGUUUAGAAUUCAAGAAUUUCCAGGUUGCGCCAAAUAUCCAAAAGAUUCGAGGUCAAUCCCUAAGUCCUUCUGCUGUUGCAAUCGAACCCAGGGCCAUUGCUAAAGAUCGAAGAACGUUGGGUGAUCAGACCUAUUCCGAUUUCAAUAUUGAGGAAGAAAGAAUCAAACUCCUCAUGGCUAGCCGAAAAUUUGAAGAACAUCGUGCCAAAUCGGAGGCGACCGAAUAUACGGAAAUUGGAGAAAUUGGGAAAGAAUUAUCACCAAUAAAGGAUAAAACAGCAGGUGACGAGGGAAAUGCAGAUCUCAGAGAGCAAUUAUCUCCGAACAUGGCGAUAGAAUCUGUACAAGUAAAAAAUUACGUUGUUGCUUUCGAUGCAACCAAGGCUGAGGAGAAGGAGGAAGGAUCUUCUACAAGAGGGCGGAAGCCGAGAAUACGAAAAGACGCCAAGAAGAAGCCACAAGAAAUACCCGAAGAAACAACUGUCAUUUCAAAUGAUGUUGUCAAUAACAUAGAAGGCGAGAAAGAUGAAGAAUCGCGGCGAGUACGGUUUGGUGAAAAUAUUUACUAUGAAAUCCAUCAAGAUUCUAAUGAGACUCAAGAGGAAAGUAAAUCCACCAGAAAACGACGAAACCAAAAUACUAAAUUGCUGGGGACUUCUGAAAAGCAAAGUAGAUCAACAUCGAAGUCUCGCAGGGCCUUAAAGCCAGUGGAUAAGGAAGAACUUAUUGAGGAAGAUAAGAAAACAGAUUCUCCGUUAGUGGAAGAGAUUCAUCAAAUUGAAUUGUAUGAUGAUCCGGAUGGAAACAAGGAGAAUAAGCGUAGAGUUCGGCGUGGUAAGAAGGGCGACGAUACAACAAAAGGUGGAAGCAAAUUGGACCUCGACAACGAGAAUCAGGUUGCUAUUCAAGAGGAGAUCGAACCGAAAACUAUUGCCGUUGAAAUAAAAGCGAAAACUCGCAACACCAGGGCAAAAUUGACCGUUGAAACAUCUGAGGUCGCUCCAACAAGUGAAGUGCAAAACAUGCAGUCAGAUUCAACAAUUGAGAAAUCUGCACAUAUUACAAAAGCACGAAGAACUCGGCGACAACUUGUUUCAAAUGAAGAUAUAUUUGGCAGCAAUAUUGAGAAACCUGAUUUGUCCUCGAUCGAUAAGGAGAUUGACAAAUCUAAUGCAAGUCAAGAGUUAAGCGAUGGUAUCUCGUCCCGUUCGAAGUUGAAACGUGGUCAGAAGGUAGCUAUAGCUGAGAAUGAGUUGUUAACGGAGCAGCCGUCAACUGUAGAGGAAGUGUUGGAAUCUGAACCGACAAGCAAAAUCAAGUCUAGGUUCCUAAGGGCCAGAGCAAACUCUGUUGCUGAUACACCGGAGGCGAUUGUACCAAAACGAAGAAAUCGACGACAUCCCGCCCCGAAAGAGAUUGACACUGAACCCAACUCGGAAAAAUCUGACGGCGCGAGUGUCGUUAAAACAGUUGAGGAUUCUAACGCAAAUGGUGUAUCGAUCGAUGAAACCUCAAUGCAGCCAAGAUUGAAUCGUGGUCGCAAAGCAGCUGUGGUUGCGAAUGACUCACCACUGCCUCAAUCAUCCAGUGAGCUAGAACCUGAAGAUGAGCUGGUCGUAAACAAAUCCAAAUCAAGAAAGACGAAACUGAAAACGGCGAUAGGAAAGCCAGAGAGCAGCACGCCUGUAAAAAGAUCCCGAAGACAACCUAAUCAAAUAGACCAACCAUCCGAAAAUAACCUAGAAGCCAAUACAGCAGCCGGUAAUAAAAUUGAUAAUUCUACUUUAGAUCACCAUUCAAAUGAUGAAGUGCCUUCACAAUCGAAACCUACACGAGGACGUAGAGCUGCUGUGAUUUCAGCCGAACGGACAGAGAAUAGCACACCAGUAAAAAGGAGCCGAAGAAAACCCGCACAAAUAGACCAACCAACCGAAAGUAACCUAGAAGCUGAUUUAGCAGAUAAUAAGAUUGACCAUUCUACUUUGAAUUAUCAUUCAAAUGAUGAGGUAUCUUCAAAAUCAAGGGCUACACGGGGGCGUCGAGCUGCCGUGAUCUCAACUGAGCCAACAGAGAACAUCACACCAGUACAAAGAACCCGGAGACAACACGCUCAAAUAGAUCAACCAAUCGAAAAUAACCGAGAGAUUGAUUCAGCCGAAAAUAAAACUGACAACUCUGCUUUGGAUCAUCAUUCAAAUGAUGAGCUGCCUGCACAAUCGAAACCUACACGUGGGCGUUGUGCUGCCGCGAUUUCAGCUGAGUCAAGAGGGAACAAUACACCAGUACAAAGAACCCGAAGACAACCUGCUCAAAUUGACAAAUCAAUCGAGAAUAAUCGAGAGGUUGAUUCAGCCGAUAAUAAAACUGACAAUUCUACUUUGGAUCAUCAUCAUUCGAAUGAUGAAGUGCCUUCACAACCAAAACCUACACGGGGGCGUAGAGCCGCCGCAAUUCCGGCUGAGCCAACUACAGAACAAUAUCCUGCGGAAAUCAACCCACCAAUGACUGAUCCUAGUUCACAAGGAACUGAAAAGAAGCCGACCCGCAAGACGAGAGUGAAGUCGAAGAUCGAUACCCCUCAAGAUGUGGUCCCUUCAAAACGAACCCAAAGAAAGCAAGUUGCCUCUGCAGUCGAAUCAUCCGAAGAAAAUGUAAGAAUUCCCAACCUCUCACAGUUGCCAAACGAAGCUUCAACAUCCACGACGGAUUUGAACUCACUAACCGUACCACACCAAAGACUGAGACGUGGGCGUAAACCAACGGUGGCCACUUCAAGUGAAUCGGAACAACCAGCCAGUGAAGUUGAAGAAGGUGAGUUGGGCGCGAAACAGUCCCUUCAACACGCUAAAGAAGAUACAGCAGCGAGCGACUCCUUGCUGAAGCGUAGUUCAAAAACAUCAACUAAACGUAAAAUGGAAAAUGAAGAGAAAGAAAGCUCGACAAAUGAUAUCGUAAAAAGAACUAGGACACGAAGGAAAUGAAUCAAAUUCGGACUAUGAUUAUUUAGUUUAGAUUUUAAGUGAAAUAUUCAUCAUUUUGUAGUUUAUGAUUUUAUUUUUCGAUUGAUACCAAUUUGAAGCUAAGUAUAUCAUGAUUUCUACAGAGUUGGAGCGAAGAAGAAAUUUAUUAUUAAUUAUUGCAAGGCUUUUUUGCUUUUCAUCCGUAUUUUCUAUCUGCUAGCGUUGUAAGUUUUUUCUAUUAAAUAAUAUAAAUAAA